UACAGUCUAUGUACCUAGUAAGUACUAAGUAAAAUUAAUGUAUGCUUGUCCUCUUUGGCCUUCCAUAUAAUUGACUUCUACACAAUUUAGAAAUUAGUUUACAUAUUUCAGUUCUUAAGAAAACUGAAAUUUUGUUCAUUGUAUAAAUUUGCAUACAAGAGGUUCUGUUAAUUUUUUUUUAUGCCAAAGUAUUUUUUUGUAUAUGUCAUUAAAGUUGCAAAACAAAAAAGGGAAAAAAGUUAAUUCUUGGGGCAAAUACUUGAAUUUAUUCAUCUAAUAACUGCAAUCUGUUUCGUGGUCCUCAGUAAAGCAAGAGUGGAAAAAAAUCAGUUUAUGAAAAUUAGGAUUCUGGUUACUUUAACCAUUUUUAACUCUUAAUUAAAAUAUCCAUUUCAUUAUUCGCUUUACAUUUUUUUUAUCAAUUACAUAAUAACUACUCGAUGCUUUAAAUGGAGAUGAGGAGGAAGACAGUUCGUGUUAAUGAGUGAUUAAUAAAUUAUUUUUGACCAAUAAAAACACAGUUGAUUCAGCCAGGUCCCGCCUCCAGUUUCUCGCUCCCUGCCUGUCAGUCACGGCUUAGUCCCGCCCCCUCUCUGCCUGCUUGCACGUCGUGCAAAAAAACAGCAGCGGAGCGGCGGCCGUUGGGGAAAGAGAGUAAAUAGAGAGACAAGCCUCAAGAUGGCUGACUCGCUGGGCUCCGUCCACCUCACCGGAGCCACUGCUGUUGCUACUGCGGUAGCCCCUGUGGCCGCCUCCGCGAAAAGCCCGCUCGUCAAGCCCACCGAGGCGAAGGGAGCCCCUGACAACCGCUCUCAGUCUUCCCGGGAUUUCAAUCCGCCGCCGCCCAAGAAGGUCCGAGUCGAGGAGAAGACCGUGAAACCCAAGAAACUCAGCAGGGACGGGGGAGUGGGAGGCGACGGUAGCGGCAAAGAGAAAGUCCAGCAGCCCACGAAGCAGCAGAGUUAUGGCAGCAGCCCGGGUUCGUGGAGCUUCAGCCCGGUCAAGACGGGCAGCAGCAACCCUCCGCUGCCUGCUACUGGUGGAUCCCAACCACCGACAAACAUCCAUAAAGUCUUCAAACAGAGCGAUUUCUUCCUCCACAAAGCGCCUUCCUCCUCCAAACCCAAAAAACCUAAUAAAGAUAAACAGCGGGAGAAAGAGAGGGAUAAGGAGAAAGGAGGCGGAGAGGAGAAAAAGAAACAUAAACUGUUGGUGACCUCCGGACAUGGGACUAAUGUUAGUAACAACAACAACAACGAAAACAGCAGAUUUAACAACACUUCAGCAGUGAAGAGAGAAAAUGGGGAGGUCACGUUGCCACCCAAAGGGAUGCACCAAUACAACAAGUAUGAGCAAAUCUACUUACAUUUAGAGCACUCCAACAAGGACAACAAGGCGAAGGAGAGGGAGCGAGAGGAGAGGGAGAAGAAGAAGGUCAAAGACAGAGAGAGGGAGAAGAAGAAGCACAAAGUGAUCAACGAGAUCAAGCGGGAGAACGGAGAAGUCAAGCAGCCCAUUAAAGAUGAAAAAGAGAAAGCCAAGAUAAACUCUGAGGAGCUGCAAAUCAAAAAAGUGAAGAAGAAAAAGAAGAAGAAACACAAAGAAGGCGAGAAACACAAACGAGUGAAGAUGUACCACCGCUCCUGCCAGACCAUUUGUGCCGGCCUGCUCCUCAGCCCUCCAUCCUCCCCGCCUCCCAACAACUCCUCCCUGUCUCCAUUUAAGUCCCCCCUCCCUGUUUACACCCCACCUAACAACAAAACGCACCCACUGCCUUCGUCCCCUCUGAACGCCUCCUCUCUACACGACUCUCUCAAGACAGCACAGCCUUCCCCGACGAAACACCUGCCUCAGUGCUCUUAUCCUGGCAUGGCAGGGCUGGAGUUCGCCCCAUACAUCCACAUCGAGAACCAGCCUAACGGAGGCGCCCUGGUGGCUCACGCCUACACCUCCCAGCUCUCCUCUCUCACCGAGGGACAGAGGCAGAGAUUCGCCCAGGAGUUUGUUACCCUGUCUUUCAGCGAGGACUCAUCCCAGGCAGCUCAUUACGUCAUGGGGAUCAUCCACGGAGAAGCAGGAUACCUGCCUGACUUUUUGGAUUACUUCUCAACCAAGUUUCCAUCAGCUCCAGUCAAAAUGGAAAUACUGGGAAAGAAGGACAUAGAAACAACCACGAUGGCUAAUUUCUACUCUCAGGUGAAGAGGACAUACAGUAACGGCACAUACAGAGCCGGGGCAAUGAGACAGAUCAGCCUGGUGGGAGCAGUGGACGAGGAGGUCGGGGAUUAUUUUCCGGAGUUCCUUGGCAUGCUGGAGGAGUCGCCCUUCUUGAAGCGGACUCUCCCGUGGGGGACGUUCUCCAGUCUGAGGCACAUGAGUCCCACAGAGAGCGACGACGGGCCUAUUAUGUGGGUCAGACCCGGAGAGCAGAUGAUACCUGUUGCUGAUAUACCAAAGUCCCCUUUUAAAAGGAAACGCUCCACCAACGAGGUGAAAAACCUGCUGCAGUCACUGCCCAGGACAAGCGAGCCCAGAGAGAUGCUGUUUGAGGAUCGGACCAGAGCUCACGCAGAUCACAUCGGGCAGGGCUUCGAGCGUAAAACCACAGCGGCUGUGGGUGUUCUGAAGGCCAUUCGGUCUAUCGACAGCUCGGACCCUCCUCGUGUUACCAAAGACGUCGUGUGUUUCCAUGCUGGUGAUUUCCCUCAUGUGGUUCAGAGGCUGCAGCUGGAUCUCCAUGAACCUCCACUAUCUCAGUGUGUGCAAUGGGUGGACGACGCCAAACUUAACCAGCUGCGCCGCGAGGGCAUCCGCUACGCCCGUAUCCGCCUGUGCCACAACGACAUCUACUUCAUACCUCGCAACGUGGUCCAUCAGUUUAAGACCGUGUCGUCAGUCUGCAGCCUGGCCUGGCACGUUCGCUUACAACAAUACCACCGAGGAGAGGGAGAAGAGGAAGUCGAGGAGGAAGAGGAGGUGGUGAAGGAGGAAGAGGAGGAGGUGGAGCUGAAGGAGAAGGAGAUAGAAGAAGUAGAGGAGGAGAAGGAGGAGGAGGAGGAAUUGAGAAGAGCAAAGAAAAGUGAGAAAUGCACAAAGCAGAGGAUAAAGGAGGAGGUUGACUUGGAGGAGAAAAGGACGUUGGGGGAGCCUCCUAAGCCUUCGUCUGUUCUGUCCGCUCCUCCUCUUCCUCCUUCCAUGGACUCUAAAAGUAGAGAAAAAGAGGAGGAGAAGGAGACGAAGAAGGUGAAAGGCAUCAAACCCAAACAUCAGGAUUCACCUCCCACUAAAGAGAAAACAGAACCGCCUUCUCCUUUAAAAAAUAAACCAGCUGCAUGUCUUCCUCCUCCUUCUGCUCCUCAUCAAGACUCAAAACCCAAAGCGUCAUCGUCUAAGCACCUUCAUCACCACCACCAUCAUCAUCAUCACUCGGACAGCAGGACGUCUUCCAGUAAAAGCUCCUCCUCCUCUUCGGUGUCUCAUUCAGCUUCUAAAUCACCCGUCUCAAAGUCAAAGUCUUCCUCUUCUUCUUCAUCGUCUUCAUCCUCUGUUACCGCUACGUCAUCCUCAAUAUCGACCUUCGCCACUUCCUCCCAAAUACAUCUUAAACCCACAGUUUCUCCCAGUGCCUCCUCCUCCUCAUCCUUCUCCUCCUCUCAACUGGAAACAGACAAAGACUCCCCUCGCCUGAUAUCAGACGUUGCCUCAGACACUCGGACUCACAAACCCGUGGCGGACUCACAACAAACACAAACAUCCUCCGGUUUGGCGGCGGACACACGGACUCACACGGCGCCUCGAGCGUCGGCGGAUUCGCGGACAUACACGCUCCAGGAGAAAUGGACUCGCCCUUCUGACUCCAGGACGCCGACUAUGGAUCCACAGAGGCCGGGGAGCUAUUUACAGCAAUACACCCCCAAGCACCUCUCCCCUCCUCCCCCUCUCCCCCACAUGCUCCCUCCAUCUUACCCUCCUCACCUUCCUCCCAGACCACUCAUGCUCCCCCCAAACCCACCCCCAAACCCCACUCAGCCUCAAACUAUGAACUCUUUCCUCCCCCCGGCCCCCCCGCCUCAGCCGUACUACCACCCUCCCCUCCCCACUUCGCAGUCUCUCCCUCCUCCUCCUCUCCCCCACCAUCACCAGUACCCUCAGCACGCCAAACCCUACUACCCUCACUUCCCCUCUCACCCCUUCCUCCCCCCACAGUCUUUCCUCCCUCAGCCGCCUUCUCCUUACCCGCUUCAACCGCCAUACCAAACGCCACCACCAGCGCAGCAUUUCCCUCACCCGCCUCCGCCUCCUACCUCCACGCCGCCUCCCCUGCCUCCUUCUCUUCCUCCCCCUCCUCCUCCCCCAAAGCAUGAAGAGCAGAUUUUAUAGUUUUUGUACAUAAUGACGCUGUUUUUAACGACUCUGUAUGUACAACACGGUUUUCUUUGGGCUGUGUUGUUGUAAUAAGGAAACAAGGAAGAAGACAAGGACAGUGUGGACACGUUGUUGUCGUUUUUAACAGAUUUGGAUUUUAUUUAUCCCAGUUGUGCUUGGGUUCAAACAUAUUGAGUACUGAUUGGAUUUACUUGUAGUUUCGGCCUUCGUUGUUGUAUGGCUGCACCAAUUUAUGGAAGACAUUUUCAGCCUCAAGGUUUGAGAAAACUACUGUCUGGUUCUGUUUUGUCUUCAGAUAUCCAAAAAUCCUCGAUCUAUCAUGCAUAGGAAGGAAAAAGGAUCAAGUUCUCCUGAAUUUACAGGGCCUAGAUUUACCCCAUUGGAUGUUUUACCCUUUUAUUGAUUUUAUAAAUCAGUCAUGGUCAAUAAGACACCUGUGUUGGGAAGGUUAACCAGUAGUCAUUGCUACCAUUACACCAUAAAGAUAAAAGAACACUUCAAGCAACUCAAAGAAAAGGCUACAUAAAAGAGGCGUUUCUGUAUUGUCAAAUAAUAUUGACCAGAAUUGAUUCAUAAAAUCAAUAAAAUGAUAAAAUAUCCGAGGGGUGAAUACUUUCAUAGGCACUGUAUCUCUGAUAUUUACAGGAAACUGUCUUUAUGACAAACUUCUUUAUGAGACUUGCAGCUACUGCUUCCAUUUUUGUGGCUUUUUCUAGUGUUUUAUUUGUGCCCAAGACUGUAUCUGGAAUAACCAUGGGUCAAAAUGUGACAGUAUAUGAUACACUCUCGUAUUGAUAUUGCUACAUUUCCUCUACUUUAUUGUACCUUAAAUUAACAUCACAGGACUUUUCCAUAAUAUUGUAUUUAGAGCAAUUUUGCUCUGCAAUAAUCUGCUGAAUAUAAAUGCAUUUCCUUAUUAUUGCCAUGGUGACAGGAAGGAUCCAGAUUUUUAGACUGAUUUUAAAGCUCUUGAUAAAAGCCAGUGCAUCCUGAUGGAUCAUGAAUCACAGUGAGGAGUGUUUAAAUCCUCUCUAACCAGUUUAACUGACCAAGAAUAUUAUUAGUGAAGAUAUUUGUGCCAAGAAAGUAAAGACAAAACCCAAAGACAACUUACAGUCAGUGUACAGUGGCAAUGUUUUGCCAUAAUUUUAAGGAAAAGUGUCACAUUUGAGGCAACUACUUGUGAAGAAGAUUGUUACAAAAUUGGAUUGUGCUCCAAAUGUUUAAUAUUUAGCAGCAAGUUAGCAUAUUUUAGCACAAUGACUGGAAACACAGUAGCUAUACUUUAACUUUUUUUAGCAGCCAGAUAACCAGCAAAAAGUUAAUACUCCUGGCCAAGAAAUAAAAUGACAUUAUGCUAGUUAACACACUUAUUAACUUCCUUUUUUCUUGUAAACUACAUAUGAUGAUUGAUUAGCUAGCCUGUGACAAGGCUAAGCUAGCUGUUUGUCUCUGUUUUCAGGCUUUGUGCUAAGAUCAGCUAAUUUGCUGCUACAAGAGAUCAGAGUGGGAUCAAUGCAUUCCUUUUCUAAUGAUCAUAUUUCCCGAAAAUGUCUAAGAAUUAUUUAACAUUUUCUUUUAAAUUGAACUGAGGCAGCAGCAAAACUCUUCGUGUAAUUCAGAUGAUUUUUUUUCUAAUCUGAUUUUAUUGAACAUAAAAUUUAUUGUCUGGAUUGUUAAACUUGUAAAACAUAUUCAAAGUGUAAGAGAUACACCAAAGUGGUGUUUCCACCAAGCAGGUUUGGUUUGGAUCGGUACGGUAUGAAGUCUUUUAUUAGCAGUUUAACCAGCUGAAAGUCUGAUAAGUGUAGACUUUGAAUAAAAACAUUUUCGAAACAGGAAAAAAACAAGCUCUUAAAUGGCAGAAAAAAAAUAUUACACUAUGGGUGUUUGUGACCAAAAAUGGCAGCAUACAUAUAUAACAUCAGUUUUAGGAGUUUGCCAGUCCUUUGUCUUUCUAAGCAAAAACCUCUAAAAUUUGUAAUAUUAAAAACACAAAAAAACUGAAAUAACAUUCUUAUACAACAUGCAAAUUGGAUUUCCUUGAAAGAGAUCAUCAAAGCCUCGAAUGUGUUAGUAAUGAGCACCCACUUUGAUUUUUUUUUUUUUAAUGUUCUUUAUUUUAUAUUUUAAGGUUUUAAUAAAUUGUUACAUUCAGGUCGUUCAUGACCAAAAAUGGACACCAUACAUUAUUAGCAAUAAAAAUACCAAAAUAAAAAAGAAAUGACAUUUUACAGAUUAAUUUUUCAGUCAAGGUAAGUCCUGAUCAUAGAUACUCAGUAUUGAUUAAUUCUUAGAAAUGUAACCCUUUCAAUGCCAGUUUAGUGCAACAAAACCUGUUGUUUGUAAAGUAAAAUUCACAAAAAAAUUGCCAUUAUUUCUAAUACUACAUGCAAAUAUUAUUACCUUGAAGGGGACGAUCACAACCUUGAAUAUGUUAAUAAUGAGCAACAACUUUGGUUUUUCUUCACUAUUUUUGUGUUUUAUUGUUUUUUUGUAAAUUGUUACAAUAUUGCCUAUGGAGCCCCUUAAGGGACAUGGGGGAAAAAAUUUAAAAUGAUGAUGGAAAUGUUUCUUUUUUUUUUUUUUUUUUAAUGAUGAUGGGGAAAUUUAUUUUUGGAAACAAUUUGCGAGAUCUCGCAGAAAAAAAAUCCAUCAUCUUUUUUUUUGUUUUUUCAAUGGGUUUCAAUGGGGGAUUUUUGGUCACAAACAACCUGAGUGUAUACAACAAGUGUACAGAGCUUAUUAUUGACCAGUUACAAAUUCAAAAAUAUUCAGCUAAUUGUUGCUCACUUACAUGGAAAGACUUAGGAAGUAAUUUUUAGUCUUUUUGAACAGACCCAGGGUUUACUGCGGUGUUAAUUUUGUUGACUGAAACAUGACCAAAAAAAUGCUCUUCAUCAAGCUUUUUCCAUGAGGAAGAUGAGACUCAGACUAGCUUUUGUCAAGGUGACUGAAUGAUAUUAAAAUGUUAAUGUGACUAAAACCAAUGAACAUUUUAAUCUAAAGACUAAGACUAAAUCUGAAAUAGCUUCCUAGCUUACUGUACCAAAUCGUACAAACUGGACCGAACCAAACUGGACCGCUUGGUGGCACCAGAAGUGCUUGCAAUGCAUUUCUUUCAGCUCUUACAACAUCCAGACACGAGUAAUAGAACAAUCAGAGCAAUAUCCCACAGAUGCAGCUGUUCAAGACCUCCUAUAUGUGACUCAUUUUAGCACUUUUUUAAGACACUUGACAUUAUUGAGUAUGCUUACUUAAACUAAUAAAUCCCAGACUACCAACAGGGCAUUUUAAGGUUCUUCCAAGGCGUUGUGUUACUCAGAACAUCUUUGAUAGUUGUUUUAUACUAUCCAAGGCAAACAAAAGGUACACUGUUACAGAGUUCUUUCCCAAAGCACUAUUUAAAGAUUUACCUGAGGUUUUUUACACUUAAAAAUGUUUUAUCUAUCAACCAGAGACUGGAGUGCCCUGUUGUGUUGUAAGAAGAACAUUAAAUUAUUAGUAUUCUGUUUUAGAAGCAACUAUAAAAAAUAUUCUGUCUCACCCAGCAGCUGUUGAAUUGUGGUGUUGAGAAUAUUUGUUUUUGAUGUCUUGAUUUUAAUAUGAAUAUUGGAGUAAAGCCCACUUGCUAAUGUAGCCCAUAACAUUUCCCCAGUGCCUGUCCUUUACUGUGAACUACUAAAUGGUCCAGAGCUGUGUAGAGAGGAGUUCUGUCAUUUCAUGGAGGUUUUUAUGAGCCUCAGUUUUAAGUUUUCACUGGAGAGAGAGUGAAAAGCUUAAAAUUGGUCUUGUGAAAACUCUCCAAACGUCUGCGGUCUGAAUCUGGGAUGAGUCAAACUUUGUGGGUUGUCCUUAUUUUGGAAACAGUUUUAAAGCAGACAUAAACUUUCAGCUCUCUUCAGGAAAUGAUUUCACCAACAGAACUCUUCUCUGUGUGGCUCUGGGAGAGCGAAGUGAUAAUGAAGCACUUGAUGCCAGUCACGAGGGGCUCUGCAGCUCUUUUUAAGCUUUUUUUUUUUUUCGGGUUUCAGAUGUUACAAAAGAAACUGACAGGAACUUCUAUAUUUUUUGUACAAAUGUGAGAAAAUUAUGGUUGAAAACAACACAAGUCUUCAGGGGCUCCUGCUGUUUUCAUCCCUUUAUUCAUCUUAAGUUUUUUUGUUAUUUCUAUUUUGUUUUUGUGAUUAUCUGUCAGCACUGUAGUGUACAUAAGACAUUUUGUAAAGAGGAAAAAAAUUGUAGUGUGGUUUCUACUUUAAAUAUGAGCCUAGCUAAUAAAAGGUUCAAUGUAUGGAAAGAAAUGAGUUUGAACUGAUGCUUUCUCAACUGUCGAUUAAAAACUUUUAAUGUACAAUAUGGAAAAAAAAUAAGAAAAUGUGUGUAAAUGUAAAAAGAAGAUAUAUGUCAUACAAUAUGAGGAAAACUGAUGAAACCUUUUGGUGAUCAAGUGCCAAAAGGGGCAAGGAAAGUCUGAGGUUUAAAGGUGCUCUGCUGAACGUUUGGCAACCAGUAGCACUGCAUUUUCUGUUUUUAAAGAUUUUCUUUUGCCUUUUUUGUGAGCACAAAGUCUUUGCAAUUCAAAAUUUGUUUUUUUUUCAUUAUUCCAAUUGUUGGCUGAAUUUGCUGGAGUCAAGAUGUUAAUUUUGUUAUUUCAAAUGUUUUGUAACCUAAUGAGACCUGAG